UUUAGAAUUUUAUUUAUUACAUGUACUUAUAUAUAGCACCAUCAAUUUACAUAUAUAUUUUACAGUUAUAUCAGUCCUUAACACUCAAGGGGCAUACAAUUAAGGCCCCCAACCAGGGGAGGACUGACCAUUUCGAAACUCGGGCAAUGCCCAAGGGCCCGGGAUGCCCCUGGUACCUUUUUCAUAGGCUUUUUUGAGUUUGGAGACAAGGACACAGGGGCCCCAUAUCCCCUAUUGCCCGGGGGGCCCCAUGAG